UCACGCAGUUCCCGUCUGCUUUAUUUUGCUUCUUCGGUCUCCGGAGCCGCCAUUACAGGAAGGGGAAAAAAAUAAUAAGAACUGGACCGAGUCGAGCUGGAGAACUCCGGAGCCGGACAGAGCUGGGGGGACCGGACGAGCGAGAACGAGGGGGAGUCCGGUCCCGGGGGCGAUGAACGGGGGAGGGAAGCCGGCAACGGGAUAGAGCCAGGUGAGCCCCCUGAUACCUGCGCUUCCUGACAGACACAAUCGUCCGAUCCUGUGAGUGUCACAAUGACUGAGCAUGGCAUAAAGUGGGCUUGCGAAUAUUGUACUUACGAGAAUUGGCCAUCUGCUAUCAAGUGCACAAUGUGUCGUGCCCAGAGACCCAGCGGUGCUAUCAUCACAGAAGAACCAUUCAAAAGCAGUGCCCCAAGUGUGGGUACUAUAGAAAGAAGUGGGGGCAGUCCACUAAUCUGCCCUGACUCCAGCGCAAGACCACGUGUAAAAACCUCACUUAGCAUGGAAAAUAGUAAGUGGUCAUGCCACAUGUGUACCUACCUGAACUGGCCCCGAGCCAUCCGAUGCACACAGUGUUUGUCUCAACGCAGGACACGUAGCCCAACAGAAUCUCCACAAUCCUCUGGAUCAGGUUUACGAUAUGUUCCCAGCCCAGUUGAUCCGUGUGAGGAAUAUAAUGACCGCAAUAAACUGAACAUUAAAGGUCAGCACUGGACUUGCUCUGCUUGUACAUACGAGAACGGUGCAAAGGCCAAAAAAUGUGUUGUAUGUGACCACCCUUCUCCCAACAACAUAGACUCCAUAGAGCUGGCAGACACGGAUGAAGCCUCCUCUAUUAUAAAUGAGCAAGACCGGGCUCGCUGGAGAAGCGGCUGCAGCAGUAGCAUCAGCCAGCGCCGCUCCCCUCCCAUGUCUAAGCGGGAUUCGGAGAUGGACUUCCAAAGGAUUGAACUCGCUGGGGCGGUGGGCAGUAAGGAUGAGCUAGAACUGGACCUCAAGAAGUUGAAGCAAAUUAAAAACCGAAUGAGGAAGACAGACUGGCUGUUCUUGAAUGCGUGUGUGGGUGUAGUGGAAGGCGACCUGUCAGCCGUGGAAGCCUACAAGACAUCAGGAGGAGACAUCGCUCGGCAACUCUCUGCCGAUGAAGUUCGUCUUCUGAACCGUCCGUCGGCCUUUGAUGUGGGUUACACUCUGGUGCACCUAUCUAUUCGCUUCCAGAGGCAGGACAUGCUGGCCAUACUUCUAACAGAAGUGUCUCAGCAUGCAGCCAAAUGUAUUCCAGCCAUGGUGUGUCCUGAACUUACAGAACAAAUCAGGAGGGAAAUAGCAGCUUCCAUGCACCAGAGGAAAGGAGACUUUGCAUGUUACUUCCUCACAGACCUUGUAACCUUCACCUUACCUGCAGACAUCGAGGAUCUGCCUCCCUCUGUUCAGGAGAAACUGUUUGAUGAAGUUCUGGACCGAGAUGUUCAGAAAGAGCUAGAGGAGGAAUCUCCUAUAAUAAACUGGUCCCUAGAGCUGGGGACCCGUCUGGACAGCAGACUUUAUGCACUUUGGAACCGCACUGCAGGGGACUGCCUGCUGGACUCUGUACUACAAGCAACUUGGGGCAUCUAUGACAAGGACUCGGUGCUAAGGAAGGCUCUGCAUGACAGCCUCCAUGACUGCUCCCACUGGUUUUACAGCCGUUGGAAGGAGUGGGAGUCUUGGUACUCGCAGAGCUUUGGUCUACACUUCUCUCUAAGAGAGGAACAAUGGCAGGAAGACUGGGCUUUUAUUCUUUCACUAGCAAGCCAGCCAGGGGCCAGCCUGGAGCAAACGCACAUCUUUGUUCUCGCGCAUAUUCUCAGAAGACCAAUCAUAGUAUAUGGAGUAAAAUAUUACAAGAGCUUCCGUGGGGAGACAUUGGGAUACACUCGAUUUCAAGGAGUGUAUUUGCCACUUUUGUGGGAGCAGAGUUUCUGCUGGAAAAGCCCAAUUGCUUUGGGCUACACAAGGGGACACUUCUCCGCCCUAGUAGCAAUGGAGAAUGAUGGCUAUGACAAUCGUGGGGCUGGUGCGAACCUGAACACAGACGACGAUGUAACGGUUACAUUUCUGCCUCUGGUGGACAGUGAACGGAAGCUCCUGCACAUUCACUUCCUAUCGGCGCAAGAGCUUGGCAAUGAGGAUCAGCAGGAGAAGCUCCUGAGAGAAUGGUUGGACUGUUGUGUGACAGAAGGUGGCGUGUUGGUGGCCAUGCAGAAAAGCUCACGCCGUCGUAACCACCCCUUAGUGACGCAGAUGGUGGAAAAAUGGCUAGAUGGUUAUCGUCAGAUCCGCCCGUGUUCGGCUCUGUCUGACGGUGAGGAAGAUGAAGAAGAUGAGGACGAGUGAGAAGAAGGUCUAGUGCUGAAGGCAUAAUGUAUGAACCGCACAUGAUGUGGGUCAUGACUGGGACCUGAGGUAAUGGGACCCUGCCUCAACUACCUGAGGCCUGACACGGAGGAAUGCUCGAGCCCACCUAAUCCUGAGGAAAUGGCACCUGUAGCUCAGAAGAAGACAUCCUUGUCAUUGGGACUGGACACUGUUUUUCAUUUUGUCUCUCCCUCCUCCUCUGGGUUGUAAAUCUUGGCGUAUAAUGCAUGUGUUGUGCAAUGGUGGGGGGAGAGAGUACUCUGAAGGUGAAAACCUCAUGGUCAACCCAGAAGUAUAAUGGGCUGGUCACUUUUUUAUUUUUUGCUUUUUCCCUAGUUCAUGAUUUUUUUUUUUUUUUAAUUGCAAAGUUUGUUUCCUUUUUCACUACUUUUAAUCGCCCCUCACAUCAUUUUAACCCUGGCAUUACUGGACAGGCCAAGAUCCGUAUAUUGCACAGUUAAAGACAAAAGGCUUGUGUCUGUCUUAAGCAAUAAAGGGGUUAAACGUU